UCCUCCCAGCCGUCGCAUUCUAACACAGACGGAGGAUAGGAGCAAGAGGGUUGUUUGUCAUCGCAAUUAGAGCACUUCCAACUCCUUAUGGCUAGUUAAGCCAAAUGUGUCUUGCAGUGAUUCAUAUAAACUCCACUAACCUAUAGGACUCUUGUGACACUCAGGAAUCAUGAAGCACCUUACAGCUGCAAUCACUGUCCUGGCUUUAGUGAUGCUGUCAGAGGCCCAACAUCAGGCAGGAUUCUGUGCUUUCUACGAUGAGUGUGGUCGCAACCCAUCCUUAGAUGAAACCCUCAUUCCUCCUAUCGUCCCAUGUCUCAACUACAGCCCGGCCCGACACCUCACAGGAGAACACUACCGAAGGUUCAAGGAGGUGUGUCCCAUGUUGGAUCAAGGAGAGGGAAACACGUACGGCUGCUGCUCCAUUGGACAGCUCGCAUCUUUGGAGACGAGCCUUUCCCUGUCCAAAGGUGUGCUGAACCGCUGUCCUUCCUGUGCGGAGAACUUUGCCCACAUGCACUGCAUGGCCACCUGCAGCCCUAACCAGACGCUGGCAGUCAAAGUCACUAAAGUCAUGAAUGUCACCUACCUGGGCAAGCCAAGGGACGUGGUUGUGGCCUACAACGCAUACAUCAACAAUGAAUUCGCAGACACAGCCUUCCAGUCUUGCAAAAAUGUCCGUCUACCAGCUACAGGAGGCUUUGCCAUCUCCACCAUGUGUGGUCGUUAUGGGGCUACCCUGUGCACGCCUCAGCGCUGGUACGACUUUCAGGGGGACUCCAGUAAUGGUUUGGCCCCUUUGGACAUCGACUUCUUUCUGAUAAAGGGUCAUGACACCACGGGGCUGCCUGAAGGUGUGAUUCCUUACAACGGGCGCGCUUUAGGGUGCAACGAGUACACCCCGUCAGGAUCAGAGCCCUGCUCCUGCCAGGACUGCGAAAUGUCCUGUCCCAGUGUGUCUCCUCCUGCAACCCCUCCACCACCCUUCAGAUUGCUCGGGAUGGAUGGAUUCCUUGUGAUUUCUAUCAUUUUAUCUUGUGUUCUGAUCUGUGCCUUCUUGCUGUAUGUCAUUGUUUCUUUCUGGAUGAGCUCUAAAAAAAGAAAAGACCAGAGCGGCGAGAAAAGAAAGAAUAAAUCCAAAGUCAAAGAAGAAAAAGACAUCCUUAAGAGAACAAUUCAUCCUUCAGAGGUGACAUGUGCUGAUAAGACUAGCUUGGUGGCUCAAGAUUUCCUGAGUUCAGUAUUUCAACGUUGGGGAACCUUGAUGGCGUCCUAUCCCCUCACGGUGCUCCUCUUGUCAGCAAUAGUUGUUGCUGUCUUCUCUGUUGGCCUCAAGUCCAUUGAGCUCACAACAGAUCCAGUGGAGCUAUGGUCUGCGCCAAAUAGCCAGGCCCGCCAGGAGAAGGAGUUUCAUGACAAGAACUUUGGCCCGUUCUUUAGGACAAACCAGCUGAUCUUAACGGCUCCAGACAGAAAAGGCGACAUUUACGACUCUUUGCUUUUUGGAAAACAAAAUUUCAGUGGGAUUAUUUCCAAAGAUCUCAUCAUCCAGGUGCUGGAACUCCAGCAAAAAAUACAGAAAAUUGAAUUCUGGUCUGAGGAUCUCAAUCGCACAGCGUCUCUGAAGGACGUGUGCUACGCUCCACUGAAUCCGUCCAAUCCUUCCCUGACCGACUGCGCAGUCAACAGCCUGCCACAGUACUUCCAGAACAGCCUGGAAAACAUCAACGCUAAAGCAAUUAUGACUGAGCUGGGGGUGACCAAAGAGGUGGACUGGAGAGACCACCUUAUCUACUGCCUGAACUCCCCGCUGUCCUUCAAAGACAUCACUGCUUUAGGAAUGAGCUGCAUGGCCGACUAUGGAGCGCCGGUCUUUACAUUUUUAGCUGUUGGAGGUUAUAGUGAUGAUGACUACACCAACGCCAAGGCGCUCAUCCUAACUUUCUCCCUGAACAACUUUCCUCGCGAGAACCCCAAGUUUAAUGUGGCACUGCAGUGGGAGAAGGAGUUUCUUAAAAUUGUCCAGGAUUACGAGAAAGACCCAGCAACAAACUUCACGUUUGCUUACAUGGCGGAGAGGUCUCUGGAGGAUGAAAUCAACCGAACAACAGCAGAGGACAUUCCCAUCUUCAUGAUCAGCUACCUUGUAAUCUUUGUGUACAUCGCUGUGGCUCUGGGGGAGUACUCUUCAUGCAAACGCUUACUGGUGGACUCCAAGUUUUUGGUGGGUCUGGGUGGAAUCCUGGUGGUCGGCUGUUCGGUCCUGGCUUCCAUGGGUUUCUACUCGUGGAUUGGCCUCCCGUCUUCGCUGGUCAUCUUGCAGGUCGUUCCCUUCCUUGUGCUCGCUGUUGGAGCUGACAACAUCUUCAUCUUUGUUCUGGAGUACCAGAGAGAUGUAAGGAGAGAUGGAGAGACUCGGGAGCAGCACAUUGGUCGAGUGCUUGGACAUGUAGCUCCCAGCAUGCUCCUCUGCAGCCUUUCAGAGUCUGUUUGCUUCUUUUUAGGGGCCCUUUCCACCAUGCCAGCAGUGAGGUCCUUCGCUCUGUAUGCUGCUUUGGCUGUGCUCAUGGACUUCGCCCUGCAGAUGACAGCUUUUGUUGCACUCUUGUCCCUUGAUGCUCGGCGCCAAGACAAGAACCGCUGUGAGCUCUUCUGUUGUGUUUCUGUGUCAGAAAAGCAUUCCGACAAGCCAAACGAGGGCUUUCUGCUGCCCUUCAUGAGGAAAUACUACGCCCCGGCUCUGUUGCAUCGUUACACCAGGAUCAUUGUGAUGGUGGUGUUCAUCUUAAUGUUCUGCGCGUCCAUAUUCCUCAUGCUGCACGUGAAAGUGGGUCUGGAUCAGGAGCUCGCUAUGCCAACAGACUCGUACAUGCUGCGCUAUUUCAGCUACCUGCACACGUACUUUGAAGUUGGCGUUCCAGUUUACUUUGUGACAAAGAGGGGAUAUGACUUCACCAGCGAGGAGGGCAUGAAUGCUGUGUGUUCCAGUGUGGGCUGUGAUCAGUUCUCUCUCACACAGAAGAUCCAGUAUGCUACAAACUACCCUGACUUAUCCUACAUUGCCAUUCCUGCUAAUUCUUGGGUGGAUGAUUUUAUUGACUGGUUGAACCCUGGAUCCAGAUGUUGUCGACUCUACACCACUGGUCCAAACCAAGGACAGUUCUGUCCAGCAAACAUAAGUUCUUUAUUAUGUUGGGACAAAUGUAUGGACGGUUCUGCAACCAGUGCCAUCAGGCCCACUGUAGAAGAGUUCCAUCGCUUCCUCCCUGACUUCCUGGGUAACAGACCUGACCUGCAGUGCUCCAAAGGGGGUCUCGGAGCUUACGACACAUCUGUAGUGGUGGGUGAUAAUGGGGAAAUUAUAGCCUCUCGGUUCAUGGCUUACCACUCAACCCUGACCAACUCUCAGGAGUACACGGCUGCCCUGCAGAAGGGCAGAGAGCUGGCCAGCAGCAUCACAGAGGCCAUGAGGAAAGUACCAGGGACCUCUCCAGACUUUGAAGUGUUCACUUACACGCUGACUAAUGUGUUUUAUGAGCAGUAUUUGACCAUUGUGCCAGAGGGACUCUUCAACAUCUCCAUGUGUCUGCUGCCAACCUUCGUGGUGUGCUGCCUUCUGCUGGGCUUAGAUCUGCGGUCCGGCCUGCUCAACCUGAUCACCAUAAUCAUGAUAGUUGUGGACACAGUCGGGGUCAUGACUUUGUGGAGCAUCGAUUACAAUGCAGUGUCCCUGAUCAAUCUGGUGACGGCAGUGGGAAUUUCAGUGGAGUUUGUGUCCCACAUGACCAGAUCCUUUGCCCUCAGCAUUAAACCCACACGUGUGGAAAGAGCUGCAGAGGCUACAGCCAACAUGGGCAGUGCAGUGUUUGCUGGUGUUGCAAUGACCAACCUGCCAGGGAUCCUCGUUUUGGCUUUUGCCAAGGCCCAACUCAUCCAGAUUUUCUUCUUCCGUUUAAACCUGGUCAUCACACUUCUUGGGUUGGCCCAUGGACUAAUAUUCCUCCCUGUGCUCCUCACUUAUUUUGGUCCUGGUCUGAAUAAAGCCCUGCUGCUGCAAACCCAGAAGACCAUCCAGAGUCAGGACACCAAGAGGAGAGUCAAAGAAGCAUACGACAACAUAAGCUAUGUGGAGAAUGAUGAAACGAACCCAGAAACAUGUUCAAACGCCACAAGUUCUUCAGGGGACGCCAAAAAGCCUCAAGAACCUACAGAAAGAAGGGAGAAGAUUGACCAUUUCUGAGCUGCACAAACUGUUAUUAGGUUAAAGAAGUACCUCAAUCGAUAAUGGACUCAUGGAACCAAUAACAGUAAUAUUGUUCUUUAUUUAGCUGAAGUAUUGCAACAGUAACAAUGCAAUGGCUGUCAGAAUGAUGCUGGACACUGUCAUUUUGUUUUCUGUUUUUGUACUGGAUUUAAUUGUUUUGUAUUUGCACACACAUUUCAUAUUAGCACUUUUAAGAGAUUCAAAGGGACACACACUCCAUUGCUUUCCCCUAAGCUGAAAAAUGCUGCAGAAAAAAUGCAAUCAGAGAAUGUAUAAAGAUAUGUUUACUUUAAAAACACUCGCCUUUAUUAAAAUGGUCGUCAUGGUGGUUUAUCAUGACAAGUGAUUAGACGUUACAAAUACACACAAAUGCAGUUUUCCUUGUUUACCUAAAUGUAUUUCUUUUCAACGAGGGACUGGUGCGCCCGGCUUUCUUGGCCUUCGAUGCAAAAAUAAAUAAAUUAAAACCUCCA